UAGGCCUGUCAGCACACGUGGCUUCAAGCAUUCGUCGUCGAUGGCAUACCAGUGCUCUGGCGUUGGCGGCCGGUCACCCGAAAUAGCAAGACCGUACUUUUUUAAUCGAAUUCGUUAGUAUUUCUGAAGAUCCAUUUGCCUAGAUCUGGUGGAGAGUUUAUCAUUGAAGUAAUCCAAGGUUUAAGAUGCCAGGCACCAACAUCAUCCGGGGAUUCCUCCUAAGCCUCUUGCUUGCCUUGUCUCAUGCGGGACUGGAUUUCCGCCAAGAGCCAUUCUGCUUUUGGUCUGUCCAUUUGAAAUUAUCGAACAUAAAGGCAGAUCAGGGUAAUGGUUCUUCAGUGACUGUGAUGAUUGACCAGCUAUUGCAUCUGAGGACCAAACAUGAGUUAAACUUGAACGCACCCGAUCUUCAGAGCUUGGGUGAGCAGAGGAGUCAAUUCGAGGCUCGAGACGGUACAGUUUGGGAGGAUUUGGGGCGCAACCGCGGGCUGCAUACGUUUGAGGAAAAGAAGCCGAAUCGGGUUGUGAAGGAGGCGCAUGUAUUGACAAGUGUGCCCUUGCGAUUUUACCUACUGGCCACUACUCCCGCCAAGAUGGUCCGAGAUGCGAGUGUGGAGGCCUGCCGAACGAAGUUCCUGUGGAACUUGGUCUACAUACCGCUUCAGGUGUCCGGCUGCAAGUUGGAGAGUAUUUCAAUUAACUUUGCUAAGAGCGACAACUCCCACAUCCGUGAUAUAAUUCACUUGGACGGAACGGAGACAAGAAUGACUUCGAAGCAGGGAGAAAAUAGGGAAUUCAAAAUUGAGUUUGAAAUGGAGUUACUGAGCGACAACAUUUCUCAGUGUUCCCUUGUCCGCAAUGGCGACUACUGCCAGGGCGUUCUAAACGGUGAGACAAAGUUCCAGUACGUAAAUAUAAACUUCGUCAAGAAAGCACUCAUGUAUUCUGCAAGUAUCCUGACAUGCUUUGCUCUGUAUUCAAUAAUGCAACAGAAAUUCCGAGGAAGCAAAAAGCCCACAGGCGAAAGCAUUUUGACAACUAUACUUCUCGAAAGUGUCUACGGCGGCAUAUUUUUCGUCGUUAUCGUCUUCAUCUUCCUUCCUGUGCACGACCACGCCACAUAUCUCUCAUGCAAAAUACUAUGGCAGCCAUCUUUACUAUCUGGAUUUACAAGCAUGGUAUAUUACGUCUACCGACCCUUCGUAAUCAUCUCUCCUCUAUUAUUCGCGUCUGGAUACGCGGCCCUGAAAGCUGGCUACAUCAAACACGGGAAGCUACUGGAACAUCUGAUAACCAUCCAAUGCACGUCUGCGGUGUUCCAAAUUUGGUUUGGAUUGUAUGGGUUUGUUAUGUACCGCGAUAUCGGUCAGUGCUUUCACAUCAUUAUGGUCUUAACCAUAAUCCAGACAUUACUGUCGUAUUUUCUGGGAAGCAAUGCUGUCGAGGACGAGGAUGACGACAGGCCGCAUGAGGAUUAAGGUAUUGCCAUGUGGCAUUUGAUCGUCACGUGACUGCCAUGGCCAUUUACCUUAGGUGGAAUAGCACUCGUCAGUGUAACAGCAAAGUCCCGAUCAUGACCAGACUUCAUGCACACUCUCAUACCUACGUGCACUUAAAAUUAAGUAGUAAAUGUUUUACUAAUUUGAGUAGUAACGCAAAAAUAACCACUUAAGUGGUAAAAAUAAAUAUCAAUUAAGUAGUUGUUCGGAUAUAAAGUAGCAAAUAAAAGUAAGUUUA